AAAGAAUGCCAGGGUCUUCGCCGCCAGGGGCCAUGAUUCCGCUCCUGGCGAGUUGGAUUUCUUGCUUGUACAUGCCUGCCGCGUGGGGGCUGUACAACCACCGACGCAAUCACCCGUUCAUGAAGUACCGACACCCGCGGCGCAUGGCGGUGAUCGCUGGAUGCUUUGGAGUGUGCGCGCUGACACUGCCCAUUCUCGUCUGCACCGAUGCGUCCUGCCUCUUCUACUCGCUUUGGUUUUCGCUUGGCAUGUGCGCUGUGGUCGCGUACCUCCUCAUGCAGUGGGCCAUCGUCGUGACCUUCCAGAUCACCGAGCUCCUCGCGCAGCCGAAGCUCGCCACGGCCCAAACUGUCUUCCGGACGAUGCAGCGCCGGUGGUUCCUUCACCCAAGAGUGCAAAGGACCAUGUUUGUCGGCACCAUUGCCCUCAUCCUCGUGCCCAUCUACUACCCAUACUCUGUCGACGCAAAAGAGUUCAUGAUGCAUACACGCGGCGCUUGCUUUGAUGAAGCGUCGUGGAACUUCCUACUCGGUGAGCUCGGGAUCAUUGGCGGUGUUUCCUGUGCCCUGGCCGUGCAAGUGAGCCGUGUAGUCGACAACUUUGGAUUACGCGCAGCCUUCCUCAGCACUGCCAAAGUCGGCGUGCUGUGCUUGCUGCUUCAACUGGUCAUCUCGAUUGGUUCGUUCAACCUGCACUGGACCUGGCUGAGCGACUAUUACGUCUUGGACACGAUGGCGUCGCUGCCGUUCCACGCCUUCUACUACUUUAAUGUUGUGCAGCCCCUCCGCUCCAUUCUCUUACCAUCCCUGUUUCGCCAGCGCGUCAUGGUGCUGUCGUGCCCGUUUUCCCAGCACAGAUACCACUCGACAUCGCACUUUCACGCCUUUCUUCUCCAUCCUGACGGCUUCCGCUCCUUUCUCGAGUUUUGUCGAAUGGAACUGCGGCUGGAGCUGCUUCUCGCGUGGCAAACGCUGACACAAUUCGAAGCCGCCCCGACGACCCGAGCGGCCGAGCAAGUGUUCCAAGCGUGCUUUUCUCCCCACUGCAUCUACGCCACAGCCAUUGGGAACCAGUGGCGGCCGCACUUUCAGCCGCUUCGACAAACGUGGACCCAAACGACAACAUUUCUCCCGCCAACUCUUUUUCGCACCGUCACGGCUGCCCUCCUCCAGUGCAUGUAUGAUGUCCAGUUCCCUCGUUUUCUCCAGCACCCGGCCGGUAUCCUGGCAUGGCACGAGUUCCUUGACCGCAAACGUGCCGUGGAGAAACUUGACCAAGUGCUCACGAUCGUCGAUCGGCAGACGUCGUCGUUCCAGAUGAAGCUCCAUCGUCCUCUGCCCUUUCACGGCGGAUAAGGCGAUGCCCAUCGAGGUGAAGUUCGUGGACUCUGUCGUCGUCUGGGGUGGACAACGACCGGACGCAUGACAUGGCAGCCGUCUGUUGCAUUGCCCGCGAAUUAAAAAGGGAAUUGGAUGGAACCUCGAUUUGAAUCAGUCAUGCAACUCCCGCCGACCUCGCCACCACUUGGUCUAGACUCUCCAUGCGAUCAAUGCGGUCAAGGCAUAACUGCCAUGAUGCUGAAACAUUAGAGGGAGCAGAGUACACGUCGUGCAACGCGAUCGUGAUGGCGGAGGUCAAUUAGGCAGGUCUGAUGGAUAACCACCGACUUUGAUAAUGUCUUUGUAUGCAUUGGAAUGGUUUAAACCUUCCGUAAUGCCGCCAAGCGCGCCGUCAAGUCGUCCGUUGCCUGCGGUGCUGGCGCUGGUACCGCGACGUGGGACCCAACUGCUCCUGCAGAGUCCAGUUGGCCAGCGAUGACCAGUCCAUUCUCGUCAGCCACCAUCUGAAUCAAAUCGUCGACUUGAUCGGCAGGGGUUGCACCCGCAGUCGUACUGUUCAUCGCCCCUUCCAUGUACGCUGCACGAACGUCGAGAUCUUCAAACUGUCGCUCGAACUGGUCCAUUGUCUUGGAGAUCUUUUCGACGUUCAUCGAAUCCAUGACGACGUUCAUGCCCUUGACCACACCCGCCAUAUUCGACUUCAGGUUUCCCAUACUGAUUGCAGUCUGCACACGUGCCGCGACAGCAUCGAUUCGAGAGCUCAACUGAAGGUAGUUCAGUGCCUGGUUCUUUUCCCUGAUUGCGUUCUGGGCGUAAAUCUUGGCUCCUUCCAUGUUUCCCUUUUCGAUAGCCUGCUUUAACUUGAGCUUCUGAGCGAUCUGGUUCUUCUCGCACUUCUUUGCGUUUCGCACGAGGGACUUGGCCGUGAAGCGCAUCUUGAAGAGCUCAUCUUCAAGCGUCGGCCGCUUGAGGAAGUCGAACAUGGGAAGAACGGCGUGUGCUGAAA